AUGAAGGUGCAGAAAAGUUGCACUGAAAAUUUACAAAAUUUUCACAAACCAAAGUUUCUCUAUGAUGGAAAACCAAUAGCAACAGAAAAUAUUCCAACUAAACGGAAAUUUUCUAAUGACAUUCUGCAAGACCCAAGGCCACAUAAAUACAGAAACAACCAUGGGUUCACAGACUUUGUCAGGAACAUGAUGAUAAACUAUUGUGCCAGUAGUUCUCAGGAUAUUGCCAUGAGAUAUCUGCAUCCCUCAGCUGAUAUUCAGGCUGCAGCACUAGACCAUGACUAUUUCCCACUACCUUUCACUGAAUAUCUUGUUGACAACGCCUUACAGGUUACAGAAGAUACAGCGACAGAAAUUCAGGAAAGCACAAAAUUGCAGGCAAAAUCAUCAAGAUGGUUUAUGGAGAGACAAUGGAGACUAACAGCAUCUAGAUUUGGUGAUAUCACUCAUGCCACAAAUCGCCGAAACAUGACCAAGCUUUGUGAAAGCAUCCAUUCUUCGAAAGUGUUCCAUAGCAAAUCCAUCGAACAUGGGAAGAAAUAUGAAACUAAGGCAUUGAAGAAGUUUCAAGAAACAACACAACUUCCUGUUCAAAGAUGUGGUCUGUUUGUCAAUUCCAAAUGUCCAUACCUUGGAGCUUCACCUGAUGGAAUUAUUAAUAAUGAUACCAUAAUUGAAAUAAAAUGCCCCUAUGCUGGUCGAAACUGCAAAAUUGCUCCUGGAAAAUUGUUUUCAUUUCUGAUUAGUGAUAGUAAAAAGAAAAUGUACCUUAAUUGUUAUAGCAAAUACUAUGACCAAAAUACUAUGACCAAGUACAAGGCCAGCUGCUGA